AAACGCCACGAUUUCAUGUAGGCCCCUCUAUCCAGACCAAUAGAUGACGCAUAGAGCGUGAAACUUUGCUUUGCUGCCGCAGACGUCUUGCCGCCGACGCGCUGAGUCGUCGCAGCGCUGACACCCCGUCGAUAGCCUUCGUCAUGUUGAGUGUCGCAGAUUAUCGCAGACGGACUAGGAAGUUGAGAAAAGAUCCCUUGACGGCGCGUACCGUCUGGUUCGCGGUUGGAGAAAGUAUCAUCUUUCACCUUCGCAUCGUCUUUGCCAGUUGUAGACUUGCGGUGAGCUCUGUAUGGUCAAGGCAUCGGAAGACCGUCUCUCAAGGCAAUGACGACUCGGAUCCGAGGUCCAGAUGCUUUUUGCGUGUGGCAGCGUUUGUUUGCUCUGCGGAAAUGCCCGAACCGAGCGCGCUGAUCAAUCGCCUCUCGCAUCCAUCCACUCGUCGAUCGCGUUCGGCCAUGAUCAGCCAGUCUCAUCUAGACGCUGCGAUAGCGCGGCUGCAGUUCGUGUUUGCGAGCUUGUAUAGACUCGCUUUGCUCAGCCAUCUCGGACCGGCCGUCUGCGGUCGCGGGCUGGCGGACCUGUCUAGCGUGAAACGUUUGCAAGCUUCGCCUAUAGCCUCGGUCCUUGUCGCAAGACCUUUCCGACCGUGCUCCUUUGCGAAUGGGCCGCUGGGAGUCGUGAGUGAGACGGAACAGUCUGCCAAGACUGACUCUCCACGCCUUGUACCUCCAAGAUGCGCCGUCGCUAGCGUGUCCGACCUUGAGUUUGUCAAGCACCCAAUCUCCCGACGCGCGUGCCGAUGCAAGUAAUAAGGCCGCGUCGAGUCGAGGCUUCCGCCGGUGCUGCGUAGCGUCUCGAGAUCAGCACACUGCGCGCAUGUCUGCAUCUCGGCACGCGCGUCAAAUCCCAAGCGUCGGGGUUAGGAAGCAGCAGCCGCGCCCUCGACCCUCUUCGGGCACCACACCACGCGGCUUUUCGUGUUGCGGUCCUUUUUCGCACUCGGGAAAACAACGCACCGCG